AUGGCCCAACGGCAGGCGCCACACCUUUUCGACGCCAUCGUGCCCCUGGAUAUUGCGCAGUGGCGCAUUGUCGCCUACCAGCAGGUUGCCCUGUUCUGCUUCCUGCUCGGCAAACUGCCGCUCAUGUCGGAUGUCGCCGACUUCCUGAUUCGAUACUUCCUGCGGCAGGCUCUGGGGCCCAUGGCCGGCUAUGCUGAGGCAGGGCAGUUGAUGUCACCGACUCCUCUGGAAGACAUGACUGCAGCCAUGGGCUGGCCGUAUUGGCAGACAUGGAAGCCACCUCGCUUCUUCUUCUGGGCUCGAUGGCAGACAGAGGGCCUUCAAGGAUGGAAGAACAACGCCCAAGAUGCAAAGUUGGAGGGCGAGCUGCCCUCUUGCCCCACACUGCUUCUCCACGGAGCUGCCUCUUCCAAGCUGGACCUCGCGGGUCGCUACUUCUUAGAAGCCCUCCGCACGAAGGGAGGGCCCCUUCGGUACUCCAAGGCCUUCGACUCGCACCACUGGUUCUUUCACUGGCGCGCAGCGGAGGUCAACCAAGAGAUUCACCGCUUCCUAGGCAAAGUUGGCCUUGAACCUUAG